GCUCCAUUGCUUCCAAUGGCUUCCGCCUUCUUUGCGUCUCCCAAAUCCGUCGCUUCCCCACCAAACAUGCCGAGAUGCGCGUUACUCAAUCCCGCCGGCGAAGGCCGCCGGCGAGACUCUGUCAAAGCCGGCGUUGUCACCGAGGUAACUCCGUCCGUCAUCGACGAUCUGGUCCGGCCGCCGGUCCUCACCGGAGGCGAGGCCGGCAAGCUCGCCGCGUGGAGGAGCGUCCGCCAGGAGCGGUGGCAGGGGGAGAUGCCCGUCGAGGGAGACAUCCCGCGAUGGCUGAGUGGCACGUACUUGAGGAACGGCCCUGGGUUGUGGAACAUCGACGACUACGACUUCCGCCACCUUUUCGACGGCUACGCCACCCUGGUCCGCGUGCGGUUCGAGCAGGGGCGCGCAGUGGCGGCGCAUCGCCAGAUCGAGUCGGAAGCGUACAAGGCGGCGAGGAGGAACCGGCGCGUCUGCUACCGUGAAUUCUCCGAGGUGCCCAAGCCGGCCAGCUUCCUCUCCUACGUCGGGGAGCUGGCCAGCCUCUUCUCCGGCGUGUCACUCACCGACAACUCCAACACCGGCGUCGUCAUGCUCGGCGACGGCCGCGUCGUCUGCCUCACGGAGACCAUCAAGGGGUCGAUCCAGAUCGACCCGGACACGCUGGAGACGCUGGGGCGGUUCGAGUACGAGGACAAGCUCGGCGGCCUCAUCCACUCCGCCCACCCCAUCGUGACCGAGUCGGAUUUCCUAACGCUGCUGCCGGACCUGCUUCGGCCGGGCUACCUGGUGGUGCGGAUGGAGGCCGGAAGCAACGAGCGCAAAGUGUUGGGCCGCGUCAAAUGCCGCGGCUCCGUGCCGGCGCCAGGGUGGGUCCACUCCUUCGCCGCCACCGACCACUUCGUGGUGGUGCCGGAGAUGCCACUCAGGUACUGCGUCCAGAACCUGCUCCGCGCCGAGCCCACGCCGCUCUACAAGUUCGAGUGGCACCCCAACUCCGGCAGCUACGUCCACAUCAUGUCCAAAGCCACCGGAAACAUCGUGGCAAGCGUGGAGGUCCCUCCGUAUGUCACCUUCCACUUCAUCAACGCGUACGAGGAGGUCGACGCAGAGGGAAGAAUCACCGGAAUCAUAGCCGAUUGCUGCGAGCACUACGCGAACACCGACAUCCUCGAGAUGCUUCGCCUGCAAAACUUAAGAUCAUUCGCCGGCCAUGAUGUCUUGCCCGAUGCAAGGGUGGGAAGGUUCAGAAUUCCACUAGAUGGGAGCCCACAAGGGGAGCUGGAAGCGGCACUGGACCCGGAGGAGCACGGCAGAGGAAUGGACAUGUGCAGCAUCAACCCGACCUACCUCGGCAAGAAGUACAGAUACGCCUACGCCUGUGGAGCCCGCCGCCCCUGCAACUUCCCCAACACCCUCACCAAGAUUGACUUGGUGGAAAAGAAGGCGAAGAACUGGCACCAGGAAGGCGCGGUGCCAUCGGAGCCGUUCUUCGUGGCUCGUCCAGGCGCAACUGAGGAAGAUGAUGGAGUCGUGAUCUCCAUCGUGAGUGACAAGAACGGAGAAGGGUACGCACUGGUGUUGGAUGGGAGAAGCUUCGAGGAGCUCGCACGAGCCAAAUUCCCCUAUGGACUUCCCUACGGCUUGCACGGGUGUUGGGUUCCGAAGAAGCAGUAGUACGACGGCGUGCAUGCUUUGUCUGCGGCUUGUCGCGAGUGGGAACGUAGAGCAAGUGCAAGUACUGCAUGCGCUGGCUGUGCUGUGUAUGUAUAUUUACGUUGAAAUCAGGGCGGAAUAAUCUGCCGACUGCAAUAAGAUUAUUGUUAAGUAAAUGGCCUGGAAUAUAUAUGUAUAUAGACAAACCAGUUCGAUCAAUGAAGAAUAUUGAUUUGGGAUGUUAUACGUAGACUCAGAUAUGAUGUAUUAGUUAAAGUUAAGUGAAAUAAUGGUCAAUAAAAUUUCGCCCUUCA